UCAGCAUGACUGUGCCCAGAGCGAGGUCAAUACAGAAAUGGUUUGGGGGGAGAGAGAAAGAGAGAGAGAGACCCAUGAUUUUUGGAAUGAGAUGUUUGACUAGCAGGUGUCCACAUACUUUUUUGUCAUGUGGUGUAUCUUCAGAUAUGAGUUGAUAGGAACCGUAGUAAUGAGGAUUUAAGUGGCUGCUAGCUAUCUCAUCUUUUCAGUGUUCAAAUAGAUGAACUCUCACUGUUAAAUACAUACCGGUAUACAAAAAGCUUCUGUAAAUUCUAAAAUGUUGCAAAUUCUAAGUUGAUCAUAGGGGCUGCUGUACAUUUUAAGGAACAAAGUUACACGAGAGGUUGGUUGGUCUCGGGUGAGUCCCAAAUGACACCCUAUUCCCCACAUAGGGCACUACUUUUGACCAGAGCCCUGGUCAGAAGUAGUGCCCUAAAUCAGUUACUGGUUGCCAUUUUGUACGUAACCCCACUCUGUAAUUAUUUAAAAUGAUCUUUCUGCGUGUGCCUCAAUACCUGCUUUGACUUGCAAGACGAAGAAGAAGAGGGAAUUAAAUGGCUGAUUUAUAUUUAAGCAAUAAGGCCCGAGGAGGUGUGGUAUUAUGCCAAUAUACAAAGGCUAACGACUGUUCUUAGGCACGACACCACGGUAAGCUGUGGUAUAUUGGCUAUAUAUCACAAACUCCCGAGGUGCAUUAUUGCUAACAUAAAUUGGUUACCAAUGUAAUUAGAGCACAAAAAAUACAUGUUUUGUCAUACGAGUGGUAUACGGUCUGAAAUACCACGGCUGUCAGCCAAUCAGAAUUCAGGGGUUUGACCCACCCAGUUUAUAAUUCAGAAUAGAGCACAGCAUCCAAUCGAUGCCUAUGGAGGAUCGGAUGACUGGCUGUGUGACUACAGGAUUGAUUGCGAUUCGUGGAUAAAGAGUGAUCAAGGAUAUGCUUGAAUGAAAAUGUCUGAAUAACUAAAAGCUGAUACCAAAUAAAUCACUGAUAUAUUGUGUAAGAUCUUUCACUUCUCAUUUUGUGAUUUCGUUUUUUAAUGUUUUUAUUUUGGUCCAGAUCAUUUGUUUUUCAAAGACCAAAACAGAGGUAUUGUGAUACUACUUGGACCCAUGAUGGCUGAGCUGGUACCGUGACAACCUGUCAUCUUCAUACUCUAAGCCGAUAAUGAGCGUGUCCUAAAACCUGUAAAAAUCACAUUUUAAUUUGUCACAUACACAUGGUUAGCAGAUGUUAAAGCGAGUGUAGCGAAAUGCUUGUAAUUGCAAGUUAGAGAGAUCCCCUCCCUCAAAUGAAGGAAGUUAAUCACAAGGCUGGUGUCAGAACAGUGCAGUCAAACCGCUAUCAACUUGGGGGGGUGAGUAAAGAUGUAUGGGGACAGCUGCCCAGCCUCUGUGAGUAUCUCACUGAGGAUGAAAAUGACUAUCUUUCUCUUGCUUCUUCUAUCAGAUGACCCUGAGAUAGAAGCACAACAGUGGACGGAGGUGAAUGGACAAGUACACGGACACGUUCUGCUGAGAUUUAUCUUUCCUCCCUUCUACAAUGGUUAUGAGAAGUUAUGUUCUAAACUAUAUCCUGGGCCAUUUCCUGUUGUGAAUACCAGAGGAUAUGUCAACAACUUGUACAAGGGACGAAUAUCGAGAACGGAAUACAACGGUGAGAUGUACGUUAUGAUAUGGAAUUUAAAACCUGUGGACGCUGGCGACUACAGGUGUGUUGUCAGCAGUGUGAAUCAUAUCUACUCUGACUUUCACCUCCAGAUUGAUAGUGGUCGACGUAGCGGUCCUGUACCCCCUCGCCCUCGUGUCAGAUCAACCAUCAGACCCUCCAUCUCCUCAUCAUCAUCCUCAUCAGACACCUCUGGGCCUUUUUUCCCUAGUAUUUCCCGGAGUGUUAGUAUACCACUGGCUGCAGGUCUCUGCAUCUCCAUGGGGAUCGUUAUCUGUUCAAUCAUAGUUGCUGUGGUUCAUCGCAAAGUCAGGGCAAAAAAGAAAUGUGAAGCAACUUCCAGUGACUCAGCAGCCCACGUCCUCUCACACGUCCCUCAAAAGGAGAGCAGUAUUGUCUACGCCACAGUGGACUUCAAACCUCAGGAGAACCAUACCACAGAGCUGUAUGCUAACCUACAGACACUCAGCAGCCCCAGAGGUCAUGACCCUGACACACACAGAGAGCCUGCUGGCACGGUGGUGUACUCCACGUUGGCUAGCAACCAACGCUGAACCGGAUUGUUACUUAUCUGUAUCUUUCUUAGCCUGGUGGUCACAGAUCUGUUUGUGCUGUCUUGAUAUGCUGUCAUGACCAGGCUAUCUGUAUAAUCCUCAGUUGCUACAUUAAAAAAAAAAAAUUAUUAAUGAUAUAUACUUAUAAAUGCCUCGUGAGCUUAGUUCAUCUGUCGUACCCCCAUCAGAACCCAAAAUAUAAGCUUGUUUUACUCCCAAUGUUUGUAAACAAAGUAAAUGUAAUCAAACACAUUAUAGCCUCAACACAUGGUUAAAACUAUAGUGUUGAUAUCAUGGAUGGUCAGUUCUUUUAUCCAUAGCUCUGUCUAGGAUAGAGACGCCCAUCCUUCCGCUUCUUACCAAAACAGCGGCGGGGUGCCACUUUGUUUCAACUUUGGUUUCUAGCUUUAAGAUGAUUGAUUUGUCUAAUAUUCUUUUUGACUUAUGAACUAUACAAAUAAAAUAACUCAACUACA